GACGUUUAAAUUUCCUUCUAAGAAAAGAUUGUCAGAAAACAUGAAAUGAUGUUUUGAAAAACUUCUCUAUAAUGAAUAAAAAACUGACAAAUAUUUUUGAUGUGAUGUAGUAAUCGUUUGUUGUUUCUUCUGUAAUAUUAUUACUGUUUUAAUACUUUAUCUCUAUCAUAAUUCAAUAUAAAUCACUGGAUACGAAGCUGAAUCAAGAUGAAUUACAAGUAUUCUUGUAGUCAUUUAGUUAAUGUCACCAACAUUCCAAAAUUAGAGAAAUCCAAAGAGGAUUGGAUGUGCACUGAUUGUGACUAUUCUGGGCAAAAAGUUUGGAUAUGUUUGUACCAAAAUUGUUUGAGAUUAGUUUGUUCAGGUCAAAACACUGAUCACAGUACCCUACAUUUCACAACAAAUCCUUUACAUUGUGUUCACAUGAACUUGAAGUCUAAGAGGUUGUGGUGUUAUGAAUGUAAUGCAGAAGUUUUCAUGGAGGAUUCGAAUAUGGAUUCAGGUAAUUGCCAAGACAAUGACUCUUCAAUUUGUUUACCUAAUACCACAAUAACAAAUUGUGAGAGUAUUAAUACAAUGGGGGAAAGAGAGGGAAAUCAUCAUACCUCGGAGAGAAACGUUGGGUCUAAUGUGGGUUCAGGAGGAGAUUACACCGAUUCCUCCGAUAGUGAAGACUCUGAUAAUUUAGAACUAGAUAAGCCUGCUGGACUGGUUGGUUUACAAAAUAUUGGCAACACUUGCUAUAUGAAUGCUGCUUUGCAAGCAUUGAGUAAUGCAACUCCGCUGACCAGGUUCUUUUUGGACUGUCCUCUAAUUAUUCAAUCCCUGUGUGAAGGCAAGAAGCCAGGACUAAGUAAGAUUUAUCAAUCUCUGAUGCGUGAAAUUUGGACGAAGAAGAAUGGAGGAGGUUAUGUAUCUGCUUCAGGUAAAUUAACUGAAGGAAUCCUUUACGGGAUAAGAGCAGUCCAUCCAAUGUUCAGAGGCUACCACCAACAUGACACACAGGAGUUUCUGAGGAACUUUAUGGACCAAUUGCACGAAGAGUUAAAGCAGCAGUGCACAAUAGAUAACGCCCAUCAUGAAACGGAUAAUUUCUCACUAGCACUGGACGAGCACGCUGUCAGUUCCAGCCAUGAUUCGAGCGAAGGUGAAUAUGAAACUUGCGAUUCCGGCGUCAGUGAGAGAUCCAGCUUGAGUGAUGACAACGAGAGGCCAACUAGUACAAAUAAGAGACGGCUAAGCAACACGACUAGCCCCGGUAGAAGAUUAAAGGCCAGACAUCAUAAUUCUGGUGUUAUAGAUUGCCAACCAAGUACAAGUUUUUCUGCACCUGGCACCUCUGAAAGACAACAACAAAUUAAAUAUCGAUCUAUUAUAUCAGAUAUUUUUGAUGGCAAAUUACUAUCUACGGUUCAGUGCUUAACAUGUAACAGGAUAUCUAGUCGUGUAGAAACAUUCCAAGAUUUAUCUUUGCCUAUACCAUCCAGGGAUUAUCUAGUUCUGUUGCAUGGCAGAAGUUUACAACCUGGGUCGACUUGCUCUGAAGCUGUAAUACCGGUACAAGACGGUUGGAUGGCCUGGAUAUUUAACUGGUUCAAAUCAUGGUUUUAUGGUCCCACAAUCACUUUACACGAUUGUCUGGCAGCAUUUUUCAGCACAGACGAAUUGAAAGGUGAUAACAUGUAUAGCUGUGAAAAGUGCAAUAAACUACGGAAUGGUAUUAAAUUCAGCAAGGUUCUCCUGCUACCCGAAGUCCUCUGCAUACAUCUGAAGAGAUUCCGACACGAGCUGAUGUUCAGCAGUAAGAUCUCCCUAGCCGUUAGUUUCCCAUUGAGCGGUCUCGAAAUGAAACCGUACCUGCACAGUGACUGCGUGUCGAAAGUCACAUCCUACGAACUAUUCUCAGUUAUAUGUCAUCACGGAACUGCAGGUGGUGGUCACUAUAUAAGUUAUGCGUUGAACAGCGGCCAGUGGUACGAAUUCGACGAUCAGUACGUUACUCGAGUAUCGGCCGAAAAGGUCGAGAACUGCGAGGCCUACGUCUUGUUCUACAGGAAGUGUACGCAACAGGCGGAUGCAAUCAAGAUGAGGGCCAUAGAGUUGUCAGACACCAUCGAAGACCUGGAUAAGGAGAUCGCUUACGUGUCCAAGCAGUGGAUAAACAGAUUCAACACCUGCGCAGAACCCGGACCCAUCGAUAACUCAGAUUUUUUGUGCCAACACGGAUCCAUGAAUCCCGACAAAGUUCUAGUCCUGAAUCAGUUGUCAAUCGUGAUCCCUCUCUCUGUGUACGAGUACCUUCAUAGGGUGUACGGGGGCUGUCCUCCGAUCACCUGCAUGCAUGUUUGUCCGUGUUGCCAAGCCUUCAACAAGAGGCUACUAUUAGAAAUGGAAACAUUCCAUCAGCUCACAACGGAACCCAAAAAUCAAAAACUCCCUCUUACGCAUCUACUUUCGGCUUCAUGGUGCAGUCACUGGCAUGAGUUUGUUAGUAAGAAAGUACAAGAGUCGCCAGGUCCGAUAGACAAUUCGAAGAUAAACGUUAAUGAUAUCAAUACGAAAGAAUGUGUGAGCAUUACGGAAGACCUUUGGAAGUUCUUCCACAGUAUAUACGGUGGUGGACCAGAACUUCGGGUUAAAACUGCCACCCCCGAAGUGUCGGAUCAUGAGAAUGCCGAGGAGGAAGCCAGCGAAGCCGAUAUUCAGUUUGUCAUUCCAACUUUGAGGAGGAGGGAGGAAGUGAAGUUAGACAGGAGGAACUACUCUCACGGGGAACCGAUGGAUUUGGGGCAGAGUAUUGAGAAAACCGACGACACGAAACAAGAAGAUAAAAAAGAAAGAGAAGAAUUCCCUAACGUUGAAUCGCCCAAGAAUUGCUCCAACGGCGAUGAUGAUUUACCAAAUAUUAAUAAUAGUAAUUUAUUAUCAUCUAGAUCCACAAAUUGUUCGGACGACAAUGCUGGUUUUGAUUGUAAGAAUAAUAAUUUUCAAGUUAGUCAUGAUUCAAACCUAAAGAAAUUAAACAAAGUGUGGUUUGAUGCGAAUUUUUGAACGUUUGUUGAUAACACCAAUAAAAGGGAUGCAUAUUGUAUUUUCUAUUUUAUUAUUGUCUGUCAAAUAGAUAAUAUAUUACAAAUGGUUUUGUUUUUAAUAGGUUUAAUGUUAUGAGACAAUUUGAAUUGUUUUGAAAUGAUGAAUUUACACUGGAAAAUAUUUAUUAAAAAUUUUUGACGUGAA